AUUAGACUAGAGCUUAAGAGCUGCUCAGUCUUCUGGAUAUCUGCAAGCGAUCAGGAGAGCCUCUAUCAAUCGUAUGCGCACAUUGCUCGACGGCUUAAUAUUCUAGAUGAGAAGACAGAUGUCAGGAAGCUGGUACAAAUCCACUUAAGCAACAAGAGCGCAGGGCACUGGCUCCUCAUUUUUGACAACAUGAACGAGGCUCAGGCAGUCGGCCUGAUGGAGUUCCUACCAAGCUCUGCGCAGGGGGCCAUUGUCUUCACAACAACUGACAGGGAGACAGCAGCAAAACUGGCACCACGAAGUAUUGUAGAGUUGCCAGAGAUGAAACAGGACAUGGCUCGAAGAAUGUUGGAGACGUGUUUGGUCAACCCGGUGAAUGAGAAAGAGAAGGCAGACCUCUUGCUGAAACGGCUGGAGUACCUCCCUCUAGCUAUUGUGCAUGCAGCAGCCUACGUCAACGUUAACAAAACAACGCUUCAAGAAUAUCUAUCACUACUAGCUGAGAAAAGGGAGGGGUCAGUUGAACCUCUUUAUCGGAAAUCUGAGGACAUAAUAGCUGCAACCUGGCUUAUUUCGUUCAAGCAGAUUCGUCGCCACGAUGCUUUGGCAGCUAAGUAUCUACUCUUUAUGGCGUGUGUGAACCGAAGCGAUAUUCCGCUUGCUCUUCUCCCGGCAGCCAUAUCGCAUGAGCAGGGAAGACACGCAGUAGGAACCCUCAACAAUUACUCAUUUGUCACCAAACGAACGGCUAAAUCGGCGCUGGACAUCCAUCGACUAGUGCAUAUCUCGACACGCAACUGGCUUAGAAAGGAGGGAUUGCUGAGUCAACAAAGUCAAAUAGCGAUUAGGCGUCUGCUUGCGGUGUUCCCAGACGAUAAUCAUGGGAACAGAAGCAAGUGGAGACGAUUGCUUCCGCAUGCUACGUUUGCUCUGUCAUCUAGCCUCACUAGCCAAGAGAACGAGGCUAAGACAAAGUUGGGAUGGAAAUGUGCCACUGCCUUGUACAAUGACGGGCGGUGGAAGGAGGCCGAAGAGCUGGACGUGCAAGUGAUGGAGACGAGAAAGAGGGGUGCUUGGGGACGAGCAUCCUUCCACGCUGACCAGCAUGGCCAACCUGGCGCAUACGUGGAAGUCCCAGAGCCAAAAUACAGAGGCUAUCUUACUAAUGAAAAAGUGCGUUGAGCUACAGGGAAAGAUCCUUGGACCCCUACAUCCUAAUACGGAGUCUUCGCUCAAUUCUCUAAACAUGUGGCAGAUGGAUAACCUAGAGCUAGGUACUUAGAGCUAUGCGAUCUUUUAAGAAUACGAAAUUAGUGCGAAUGCAAACUAGUUUAUCUUGGAAGCAUGCCUGUAGCUAUUAAUUAAUAUAUAGUAUUAAAAGUGAUUUGACACUACACGUCGAGGGUAGCCGGCCCGCACCAUAACUCUCGUGGAACGUCCGAAUCACACAGAAGUGUAAAGGGGUGCGGCUAAUAGCACAGCCUACAG